AUGUUUGCAAACCUCUCUCUUCUUCAACCCUAUAGAAGAAGAAUUGUUGUCAUCCAACCUCGAUAUCAUGAAACAUUACUUCUUCUCGUAGCGAUACUAGCCUGUAUUCUCUUCCUCUCAUUCCCAACACAAGCUCAAGAAUGUAACUACACGUGUCCGAGAGGCCACACCAAAACUCUUCGGAAAGGCUACUCACCAAAACCCAACGGCUGUGGGACACAGGGCGAAUUCAACGCCAUUUCCGAUGAACAUGGAUUUACUCAUUGCUGUAACGAGCAUGAUACGUGCUAUACGUAUUGCCAUAAAUCCAAAGAAGAGUGCGAUGAUGAAUUUUACCAAUGUAUGAAUCAUCAUUGCGAUACCAAUAAGAAGAAGAAUUCCAAAGCUCAUUCGGAAUGUAAGAAUACAUCAUCCAUGUUUUUCAUGGGUGUUGGAAUAUUCGGAUGUGAGGCCUACAUGUUGAGUCAGAAAGAGGCUUGUGAAUGUCGAAACGGAGCCAACCCCACACAUCAUCACUCGAAGGAUGAAUUUUGA